AGUAAGCAUGGCCGGUAUCUGCGCAUGUGCACAUCCCGGUGUCCGGUGUCAGACUGUGAGCAGCUGUCGAGACCAUGAACGGUAGAACCGUGACAGUAAAGACAACACACCCAGAAUAACCGAGCCGAGCCGGGCCGGUGCAGACCCGGAACACACGGUACAGAGGCAGCACAGGCCAGGCCGGAUACCGUGGGAGAGCCGCCGACCUGCAGCUGCAGCUGGAGCUAACGGAGCCGACCGGGGGUAACGGGGCCAAGGGACAGGCCACUGGCUCAUGUUCACCACGCUGUCCCGCACUCAGCCGUCGGGUUCCGACUCGGGCUAGUUCGUCGACCUGCUGAACCAGCUGCAGCCGGACUGGCUCCGGGCUUCACCGGGUUUUGCUGGAGUGCAGCUGACCGAAGCUGAAGUGUCGGAGAGUGUCGUCAGAGAAUAAUCGCUGCGGGCCGGGCUCGGUCGGAGGACCGGGGGCCACGAUGUUGAUAGCGGCGGUUAGUGCUGGAACCGGAAACUCUGCUGCCACCGGAAAGAAACAACGACGCAGGGGCAAGAAGCACCGGAGAGUCCGAACAGAUGAGAGCCGGUCUGAUGACCUUCAGAGUGCGAUUCCUGACAGCAGCCGAUCCCCACCACCACUACAUAAUCCAGACCCCACCACAUCAUCACAUCACCAUGAAACCAUCUCAGCAACCCCCACACACACAAACAACCCCACCACUCACCCCCAGAGUGUCCCCCAACCCCCCCCACCACCUCUGCAGACCUCAUCCCUGGUCCUGCCUGAGACUCCCCCACUCGUCCCAGUAAUCACCCCCCACACAGCCCCGGUGACUCCACAGAUCUUCACCCAGUCACCUCCUGCCACAGCUCAGAGCCUGCUCCACAGACCCAGCCGAUCACCAUCAACCCCAAAGCAAAAUAUUGCCCUGAACUCUUCCAGAUCACCUCACAGAACUCUUCAGAAUCCCUCUGAAUCACCGGCAACCUUACCCCCGGAUGUUACCCACCCUGCCCCUAAAUCACUGUCGGUAUCUGCCCCGCAUCCUCCCAAAGCCCCCUCUACCCCUCCGUUAAGCCCCUCCAACACUGACCCCUUUCUACUGACCUCAGUGACCUUCACCUCCAGUGUCUCCUCCCACCUCUACCCGCCCCUCUGCUCCUCCUCCGCGUCCUUCCUCAGCUCCCUCGACUCUCUGGGCCCUCCCAUUGGUCUGGCUCCUUCGAUGUCAUCAGCACAUCAUCAACUGACCACACCCCCUCCAACGUUAACCACACCCCCUCCAGCGUUAUCCCCGUCCCCUGUCCAGCUGUUGGGCUCAGAUGAUGAGGAGCAGGAGGACCCGUCAGAUUACUGCAAAGGUGGCUACUACCCGGUGAAGAUCGGUGACCUGUUCAACGGGAGGUAUCACGUGGUCAGAAAACUGGGCUGGGGACAUUUCUCUACCGUCUGGCUCUGCUGGGAUCUGCAGAAGAAGCGUUUUGUGGCAUUGAAGGUUGUAAAGAGUGCUUCGCAUUACACCGAGACGGCUCUGGACGAAAUCAAACUGCUGAGAUGUGUGAGGGACAGUGACCCCUCUGACCCCUACCGAGAAACAAUCGUCCAACUCAUUGAUGACUUCAAGAUCUCUGGAGUCAACGGAGUCCAUGUCUGUAUGGUUCUGGAGGUUUUGGGUCAUCAGCUGUUAAAGUGGAUCAUCAAGUCAAACUACAUGGGACUUCCCAUGGUCUGUGUCAAGACCAUCCUGAGACAGGUGCUCCAGGGUCUGGACUACCUGCACACCAAGUGUAAGAUCAUCCACACAGACAUCAAACCAGAGAACAUCUUAUUGGACGUUGACGAGGUUUACAUCAGAAGGCUGGCAGCGGAAGCCACGGUCUGGCAGAGAGCUGGAGCCCCGCCCCCCUCAGGAUCAUCAGUCAGCACGGCUCCCAGGGAUCUGCAGGCUGGUAAGUUGUCUAAGAACAAGAAGAAGAAGUUGAAGAGAAAAGCGAAGCGUCAGGAGAAACUGUUGGAAGAGAGGCUGGUGGAUAUACAGAAGAUGGACGAGGAGGAGGAAGAUGGUGUACAGAAACAUGAGGACACACACAGUGACUGCUCUCCGGUCGUAAAUGGCAACUACACCUGCUCUACAGCUGAUAGUAAAAUCCUAAAAAGUCCUGAGUCCACCUGCUCCUGGUUGGACGACAGGUGUAAUGGCCAUGACCCUGGUCGUUUCUCCAGCCCCGCCUCUGGCCUCUCAGGUUUCUCGAGCUCUGUGUUGUCAGCGACGUCUGAGUCAGCACUUUCUACCCAGUCAGGAUAUUCGAGUGGACGAGACGUGUUCACUGCGUCAGAUUUCGUCCUCAGUCCUCUGGAUCCUCAGAACGCAGACAGACUGAAAGUGAAGAUUGCUGAUCUGGGAAAUGCAUGCUGGGUGCACAAACACUUCACAGACGACAUUCAGACCAGACAGUACCGAGCUCUGGAGGUACUGAUUGGAGCAGAGUACGGAACAGCUGCUGACAUCUGGAGCACUGCCUGCAUGGCCUUUGAGUUGGCGACAGGAGAUUAUCUUUUUGAACCUCAUUCAGGAGAAGAUUACACCCGAGACGAAGAUCACAUCGCUCACAUCAUCGAGCUGCUCGGCCCAGUCCCUCUACCCUUCGCUCUGUCUGGCAGGUACUCCAGAGAGUACUUCAACAGGAAAGGUGACCUGCGGCACAUCUCCAGUCUGAAGCCCUGGGCGCUGUUUGACGUCCUGUUGGAGAAGUACGAGUGGCCGUUGGACCAGGCGGCUCAAUUCAGUGACUUCCUGUGCACCAUGUUGGAGCUGCAGCCUGAACGCAGAGCGACGGCGGCGCAGUGUCUGCAGCAUGCAUGGCUGCAGACAUGAACACACGAACGAACGAACGAACGAACGAACGAACACACACACACACACACACACACACACACACACACACACACACACACACACACACACACACACACACACACACACACACACACACACACACACACACACACACACACACACACACACACACACACACACACAGCUGUUCACUGUCGUUUUAAACAAACUGGAGGAAAACGUUUGUUGGGAACUAUUUACAGCUGUUUAACAGCUUCCAAAUCCCCUGGAUUGCCCCUUGUUGGCUGGCUGCAGUAUCUGUUGUAUACCUUGCCCCCUCCAUGUAAGCAGAUUUGGGACAUGGACCAGACUAAAAAUAUCAAAGUACAAGUUAAACAGAGGAGGAGCUCCGAAGGACGCCCGUGCUUAGACAUAAUCUGGUAGCUCCUCCCACCAUCGAGGAACCACAGCAGUCUGGACUGUGACAGUUCGUGGGGAUGGAAACACCAGACACCAUUCCUCAGAGGGAACAGAGCGGUGGGGGGGACGGACGGUGGGGUCUCCUCCCCACUGAUCUUUGACCCCUAUCAGGUCAGCACAGUGACUGUUGUCAGAUUUUACAUUACAAUGAACUGAUCAAUGAUUCAAUAAAUGAAAUAGGAUUCACCUCGAAGUUUCUACUGAUUCUACACAUUUCUGAUCAUUUGAUCUCUAUAGACUUCUGUUGAAUUCUGCUGAUGUUUUACAGAUUUCUGUUCAAUUCUACGUAUUUGUUUCUACUAAUUUGUCGAUUAUUGCUUAUUUUUUAGUUUUAAUCUAUUCCUCUUUAGAAAAGGUUUGUCAUUUUACUGAAUCUCCUGAUUGUCUGCUGAAUUCUUUCAUUUUCUACUGAUUUGAGUCUGACUGUAUGAAUAUAAUUAUUGGUUGUUGAUCAAGGACUUUUGAGUCUCCUGAACCUCCUUGAUGAUGAACUCUAGGUUUUGACGAGCACACUGUAGCUUCCUCUCACUGACUUUGACAGUAUUGAUCACUGUAGCUGAAACUGAAUUGGUCUGAGAUGACCUCUGACCUCUCCACGUCUUUCUAUGUUCAUAUAAGCAAUAGUGCCUUGAAAGGAACCUUGGCCCCUCUCCCUCCAUUUCACAGUGACACCGGUGUCGUGUGUCUUCUGUGUGAAAAGUUUCUGUGAAAAUAAAGAUUCAUGAAAGGUU